AAAAAAAUAAUUUUUAUCACAUGUGUUCAAAGAAGAGUGAAGAAAAAAUUGUAAGAAAAAAUAAAAAUAUAGAAAGAACGUGAAAGAGGAGAAGAAAGUGCAAUGCCUUCCUAUGGAUAUGUAUGCCUGUAGGUCAUUUUUAUCAGCAAUUCACACAGCCGUCACCCCACGCGUGGUUUACUAACAGUUCAGAUGUCUCGGGAGACUUGUCGUGUUCUCUUUUAUAUAUCCUUCAGCUUCGAUCUAUUUCAUUAACCGUGAUUUAAAUUAAUUAAUAUUGGAGAUAUAUCAUAUAAAUGCUUGAUAUAUUGUUUGGAUUAUAAAAAUGUUUUUAAAAUUACCUACUUUGCUCAUUUUAUUAUUUGUAACUUUUUCUGAAGGGUGUGAAGAUGAUCAAAUGCAUAAUGCAUGUCGGAUUAUCAAAAACCAGUGUAAUUGCGGUUAUGGAUGCAAAUCGGAGUACAGAUAUUUAACCAAAGAAGAUUGUAAAAUAGCUUUAAGGGGUGAAGUAAACUACUGCUCUGGUAAAAACCCAUGCAAAAAUGGUGUAUGUUUACAAAUCUCUGUACCACCUAAAUAUAAAUGUAGCUGUCAGGGUACUGGAUUUUAUGGCUUGCAUUGUGAAAAAGAUUGCCAUGUUCCAUUCGAUCAUCGUCAAAGAGUCUUUCCGCCACUCGAGUGCAUUGUAAUUUAGGUUCAAUAAUACAAAUGUUUUAAAAUAAUAUAAUUAUUUUAGUCGAUUUUCGUUUUUUGUACAUAACAAAUAAGUAUUCAAAAUAUUUACAAAUUUCACUUUGUAAUAUUCACCACUUUAUAUUUUUGUCAUUUAAUUAAAAGUUUAAUUAAAAAUUA